GAACCGACGCAAAAAGAGUUGCCGACUAAAAAGGAGAUAUAAACAGAGACUUCUUGCAGUCGUGUUGAAAACUUGGAAUCGGAAACGAUCCAAACGAUCCAACAGUUCACAACUACCGAAACCCUAAUCGAAUCGAUCUUUGAGAACUGUAGCGUGCGUUUCACCAUGGCCGAAAGCUCUUUCAAGAACGAAUAUCCUCAGGGAAUGACCCAAACAGAAGAGAACAAUCCACAUCGGACCCCGAUGAUUGUUGAGAAUGGUGCAAGCAUUGACAUUCCUGACAUUGGGAAAAAGAAAAAAUCACCAAAAAAAGCAAGGAAAAUAUUGGCGUAUGUUAGCCCAUGGCCCAUUACUUAUCUAGACCCUUUUGAUUUCGAUGCCUUUCGUUUGGCUUUGAAGACCGAAAUUCGUGGUAUCCCCAGGAGGAGGAUAAUAAGGAAUCAAAUGAAUGGCCACAAAGACCAUAGUCCUUGUUUAGAUGCUCGUUAUUUGAGGGAGACACACCCAAAUCGCAUACCAGUGAUUUUGAAGAAGGAUGCAAGUAGUGACAUUCCUGACACGGACGGGGAGAAAUUUCUUGUCUGUGGUGAUAUGCCUAUUCGAGAAUUUGUUGAUUUUAUUCGGAUCACGGUCGGGCUCAUCAGAAGAAAGUCUAUAUUUGUCUUUUUCAAGAACACUGAACCUCCCACUAGUGCUUUGAUGUCUGCAAUCGAUGAGGAAAAUAAGGAUGAAGAUGGAUUUCUUCACAUUACCUACAGUGGAGAAAGCGUGCAUGGUAACACACAAAUAUGAGUCUUUUAUGAACAUAUAUGGGCUUCUAUUCUCCUAUUUUUAGGAACAUGUCUCUUUCAAACAGUUUGCUGUUGAAGGCUGCAGUGUCUUGCUUAGGAUUGGUUUCUUCUCAUAAUUGCAGAUCUCUGUGCUCGUUUUCCUGUUUCUUCCUGUUAUUGGUGGAUUACUUGUCCACUAUUUUGUAUGGUUUUUAAUGACACAAAAUUUCUCCUUUUCAAACAAAAAAAGUGUGUUUGAGUUUGGUGCUAGGAACUUUUAAGAUUUUGUUUGUAAACAAAAACAAUUAUAAUUUGCUUCAAGAUAACUAUAAAAUUCUCAAAAAAAUCAAGUUCCUAUAAGAGUCGCAAUUGGAGACCACAUUGUCUUUACGGAUUUUAUAUUUGCGAACAUUUAAUACACCUGAACUUUUUAAUUCCACCAAAGUCUUGUUUUUUUUUUUGUGGCUAAAUGGG